AUGGUGCAGAAACCAGUGCGGCAAGCUAGGUCCCAAAACGGGCCUGCAGCGGAGCUGCCGGAAGAGCCGGUUUCACAAGUUGCAAAGUCGGACGUGCAGGGGGAGACAGCAGCAGGGCCAGAGGCGCCACAGAAGGAAUCAUUGAAGAAUCCGAAGCAUCUCCAGAACUUCUUGGUCGAGGCCAACAUCCGACUGGUGCGGCUAGAAUAUCUUUUCAAGCUCGCGGAGGCCGGUCGGAUCUGGCCGCGGCGCCAGGAGGGGGAGGCGGAAGAGUUUGAGGAUUCCGAUGGCAAGAUCCGCACAGCAUUGGUGACGAUUGAGGAAAUCCGCAAUCGGAAAUUGCAAUUGGGAGAUGCAUCGAAGCAAGGAGAUCGGGUGAUCUUGUCUGUGUCACACACAUGGGAGUCCCAGCAACAUCCCGACCCAUGGGGUUGGCAGCUGCAGAGUCUCCUGCAGCAUCUGCAGAAUAAGAGUACUGACGCUCCUCUCAACCUGACUCGGGAAGGAGUGGCUUUUUGGAGAGAACAAUUCAAUGUCCAGUUUUGGGUAUUCAUUGAUUUUAUGUGCCUGCCUCAGUACAGGCGCAGUGAGGAGGAGCAGGAAUUCUUCACGAGAGCCAUGAGGUCCAUGCAUCUGCUCUAUGCGCACGAGCACAUCUGCCGCGUCAUUCGCUUGGAGGAGCUGACGCCUGAGAGCGAAAAAUCGACUUCUGGUUCCAUUGACAUCUAUUGUGAAAAAACAGGCAAGUUUGAACCACGGCCCUUUGCUGAGUUGGUCCUGAACAGCACGCCGUACUCCAUGCGCGGUUGGUGUGUUGCCGAAGUUCAAUGGAUGAGCACUAAGAGCGUGUUCUUUGGAUUUUCUCCAAUGACACCGGCAGAAUUUCAGGAGCGAGUGGCCCGAGGCGGCAAAGGGCAAGCAGACGGCUUGUGUUUGAAGUUUACGCACCGCUCAGAUGUUAAACUUGUGACUCAGUUGCAGGAGGAAGUCUUUCUGGAGCGUGCCGGGCAGCGCACUGAACUCAUUGCUUGGGCUCUGCCCCAGCAAGAGAUUGCGACCUUGACCAAUGCUUUGCCUCAUUUCGUGAAUCUGGAGAUCCUCCGCAUCGACGGGGGCUCCUGGCAUAGCAUUUUGGAGCUGGCACGUUGUCUUGAACGCCUUCGUCCUCAACAGCUACGACGGUUGAAGGUGCGCGGGGAUGGUGUUGACGAUGCCGGUGCUAGAGCUCUUGCCAGAGCAAGUGCCAGCUGCAAACAGCUGUCGGUACUUGAGAUAGAGAGUGGCAACAUCGGAGAUUCUGGUGCAGAAGGUCUUGCGGCAGCAGUUGUCGAAUGCAAGCACUUGACCCGCUUCAAGCUCAGCAAGGCUUACAUGAUUGGGGAUGCCGGCAUAGCAGCUCUCGCGGCAGCUAGCUUGGCAGUUCCAUCGGUGGAGUUCAUCAUGGGGAAACACAUCUCAUCGCUAGCCGGCAAAUUACACCACAAGUGGGGCAAGAUGUUCACCAGUGAUGAUCAGCAGUGA